AUGACCAACACCAUAGAAACCGUCAUCCCCACCGCCACCAUCAUCAAGCCCACAACCAAUCUCGCCGAGGAAUGUCCCUCCAACACGUCGGUUGAGGAGUACGCCGCCAAGCUCGAGACCGAGUACAACUUUACUCCCGUCCGUCUCGACCUGGACCACACCCACAAGCAACGCAUGCUCGACGCAAAAGUAUACAACCCCGGCGAUGAGCUCCUAGUCCUCGAACGCCACCGUGUCCGUGAACUGAUGCAGGUCUACAACUCGACCCAGUCCACCCCCGAGGGGGUCCUUACGCGUCGAGCCCUCCUCCACUCGAUGACCCGCGGUCGUAUCGGAAAGGGCUGCUGGAUCGAGCCUCCCUUCAUGACUGACUAUGGAUGCAACAUCACGAUGGGCGAGAAUGUCUACAUGAACUUCAACUGUGUGGUUCUAGACUGUGGCCAGGUCACGAUCGGCAACAAUGUCUUCUUUGCGCCCAACGUCCAGCUCUUCUGUGCCGCGCACCCUGUUAACCCUUUGACUCGGUCGAAGGGUAUCGAGUUCGGGAUGCCCAUUGUGAUUGGUGAUGAUGUCUGGGUUGGAGGUGGGGCUAUCAUUUGCCCCGGUGUCACUAUUGGAGAUGGCGUCACGGUCGGAGCAGGAAGUGUUGUGACCAAGAAUGUGCCUCCGUAUACCAUUGUUGGAGGAAACCCUGCCAAAAUCUUGAAGGUGUUGAGCAAAGAGGAGUGCGAGAAGGAAGACCGCGAGUACGAGGCGCGCAAGGCUGCGGGUAAUGCCUAUGAUGACUGGACACCGGCACCCAAGGGCACCCUUGCCCUCCCCAAGGCCUAA